UGUUGUUGUUGACGCACCGCAUUAUUUCGCAUAAGAUUGUUCUUUAUUUUAAAUUGAUAUUUAUUUUUAUGAAAUAGUUUAGUUUCUAAGUUUCAAUUAUGACGUCUCUAAAUAAUGCUUUGUGUAACGUAAUAUACGAUAAAGAUGAGUUUUGCCGCUUAUGUUUGGGCAUAGUCACUGAAGAAACGUUAAGAAUACAGGAUGAAGUUGUACUAACAGAAGAGGAAAAUGCUGAAGAGUUGGGAAACAUUUUAAGUUUGAUUUUAGGAAGUGAGAUUACCACAAACCUUUCGGGAAUGGAUAGAGUAUGUGAUGAAUGUGUAAAGUCAGCACUCAACUGCUACACAUUUAUGGCCAAGUGUCGAGAUAACUUCUACAAACUUUACAAUGUCAUUGAAAGUGUUACAAUAUCUUUAGAGGAGAACAUUGUAGACACCUAUAACUUCCAAAGUCUUUUUUUAACUCUGGACACUAGUAAUUCAACAAAUAACUUGUAUUACGAUGAUGAAAUAUGUCCAAAAGACCCAUCUAAAAUUAUAAAACGGCUUAAGUUUCUAAUGAAGCCUAAACCACAGAGAACAGCACUAAAAAAGGAAGCUUAUGAACCCAAUUCAGACUUUACUGAUUUGGAUGUUUCACUUGCAGCAGGAGAAGUGAGAACAGAAGACGAAAUGUUCUUGGUCUUGGAAACAAUUAAUGGCAACAAAAUCUACUAUUGUAAAUUAUGUCCCAAGAAAUGCAAGCGGUUAUAUAACCUCAAGUUACAUUUCAGACAUGUACAUGAGAAAAUGUCACCCCAUAAAUCACGGUUUUUGCCAGACCAUAAUGGACUUGUAUGCAGUUGCUGUGGUAAAACAUUUAAGGAUAAAAAGAGCUUACAAGUGCAUGAACACAAUCAUACAUUAUUAUUCACUUGUAGAAAGUGUGAUAAGGUUUAUAAGAGUAAAAAUGCAUUUACAAAUCAUAUGUGUAGACCGGACAGAGAAAGACCACCUUUAGAAAAAAACUACAUCUGUGACAACUGUGGUGCUAAGUUUGUAAGGAAAGCUAGUUUACUUUUGCAUAUAAAAUAUGAACAUGGAGACGGAAUUGCACAUGUUUGUUCAUAUUGUGAUAAAAGAUUUUAUUCCCAAAGCGGUCUAAAGCUUCAUGUAGUGAAACAUACAAAAGAAAAAAAAUACAAAUGUGAAAUGUGCGGUGGCAACUUUGUUACUAAAGCUUCACUUGUUUAUCAUGUCCGUACUCAUACUGGGGAGAAACCGUUUAAAUGUAAAUAUUGUGAUAUGAGGUUCUUAUCCACUUCUCGACGGGCUGACCAUACCCGGCGACACCACAUGGAGCCCUCCUUGUCUUGUAAUAUAUGUUCCAAGAAAUUCAAAGGCUAUCCAAGCUUAAAUAGGCACCGAAAAAGGCACUUAGAUCCAAGUAGUAGUUUGUAUGUUGUAGAGGAUGAACUGAAUAUGUAAGCAAAGUACCUAAUUGUGAUUAAAAGACUAAACAAUA